UUAGUACGGUUCAUUCCACCUCUAGAGACAACAAGUGUCACUGGAGACAUGUUUUACCGGGACAACAAGACGUAACAGUACUUUACGGGACUAUCUUUUCUCUCUCUCUCAUUCCGUGUUCUUUUACCGUUUUAUUUGGAGUGCGUUUUGCAAGGACUAGUCUCAAGACAUGCUGUGGAGAGCGGGGCUCGUGUUGCUGCUGUGUUGGGGCAGCACCGGGGAGCUACGUCAUCAACCCCGGGACUCCCCGGAAUGUGAAGACCCGACGAACAAACUGCAGGCAGACUCCGCGUCCGUGAGCACGCGGCAGCAGCGGUCCCCGCCGCCGGUAGAACCCCUAGACUUUGGGUUCGUGCCCUCCGGUGUGUACGAAACGCACGCCUACUACGAGCCCGGUGCCAUCGGUGUUCUGUUCCACAUGGUGCACGCGUUCCUUUACGUGGUCCAACCGAACCCCUUCCCGAAAGAUCUCAUCGUAAAAGUCAUCCAACAGAACAUGGGAGGGAUAAAACUGGAAGACUAUCGCAAGCCAGAGAACGUUGUCUUAAUGCUACAGACGAUCUACUAUGAGGCGGGCUUCCUGUUGUGUGUGAGUCUGGGCUGUGUAUUCCUGGUGUUGACCCCCGUGGUAGGACUGUGUUUCUGUGUGUGUCGCUGCUGUGAGAACUGUGGAGGGGAGAUGCACCAGAGACAGGGGAAGAACCCAGACUGUCAGAGAGGAUUCUACACGGCCGCUCUCAUCACCACCUCCGUAUUCAUCACGACUGGGGUGCUGAUAGCGCAUGCUGCCAACCACAACAUCACGUCUCAGAUCAAGUCAACACGCCGUUUCAUCAGCACCAACAUGAGAGACCUGAAGACCUUCGCGAACAACACACCGUCGCAAAUAGACCAUCUGACGGCCCAGUACACUACAGCUAAGAAUAAAGUCCUGUCUGACCUGGACAACAUCGGGCCUCUGUUGGGUGGGAGGAUCCAGACUCAGCUGGAGAAGGAGGUCGUUCCUUCUCUGGACACAGCUCUGCGCAUGGCUGGAGCUCUGCGUGAGUCUAAGGAGGCGUUGGAGAGUGUUAGUUCUUCGUUGGAUGUUCUUCAUGAGGGAACGUCUCGUCUGGCGCUCCGUCUGACGUAUGAACGGACCUCCCUGUCCAACACCUUGUCUGAUCCGGCCUGCACUAAUGGAGCUGUGUCACGCGCCUGCAACAACAUCCGCAUUACACUGCCACAGCUGGGAAUCAACAGCAACUUCUCUGGGUUACCAGACGUCAGUCCCCAGUUGGCCAGUUUAGAGAUUGUCUUGAAGACAGACCUCAGCAACAUUUUACAGAAGGGUUAUUCAUCCUUCAAUGACACCCCCAGACUGGUCCAACAGCAGACUAAGAAUGUAGUAGCAGGAGUGAAGGCCAUGCUGGAUGAAAUAGGAGUAGAGAUAAUAGGUUUCUCUAAGAUGUUCCCAGUGGAAGCAUCUCUGGCCAACUUCACCAUCUUCCUGAGUCAGGGCCAGAAGAACAUGGAGGCCUACUACCCUCAGAUAGACCAGCUGGACUUCUACAGGUGGAUAGGCUGUCUGGCCGUGCUGUGUUCAGUGGUGUAUAUAACAGUGUUUAUUACAGGUGGAUAGGCUGUGUGGCCGUGC